AUGGGUUGCGGCUCCAGCAAGGGCGCCCCGACCGUUACUGACGACGACGGCACUCUGGGUUUGGCCGGGGAUGAUGAGCGAGCCGCCCAGAGAUCUCGCGCCGUCUCUGCCGCUCGCCUCGCCGCGUCCCAGUCGACACUCAAGCAAGCUGGGCCACGCAAGCUUUCGUUCCUGACGGUUGAUCCGGACCGUGCCCACGACAAGAGGAUCGGCGACGAUCUCGGCAUCGACUCACGCGUGGCCAACGCCAAGAGGCGGCUCCGCCGCCUCCGGGACUGCAUCGACGACGUCAGCGCCCUGUAUGCCAGCUACUCAAAGGACAGCGCCGCGGACAAGAAGGGUCGGCUGACCCUCGUGCUCCCCGAACUGAGCGAGUGGGUAUCGGAGGGUGCCUGGAUCGGUGCGCCCGCCGUUGGCAGCGCCGUGGGGAGCGACGCCACGCGCCUCGUGGCGAUUGCGCAGCUGGUGAGGGCGGCGCGGGCAGGCAUGGGCGAGAAAGCUGUGGCAGAGCUGCACGCCGCGCGGAGGCGAGUCGCCGAGGGCGGCAUCGAGGUGCUGCUGGCGCUGGAGAACCUGGUGCUGAGCGCAUCGGUCGAGCGGGAGGCUGCGGCCCGCGCUGUCAGAAAGGCCACCGCCGCGCGGGCCGCCUGCGAGGAGGAGCUGGAGAAGGCGCGCGGCGCGAGCGAGGCGAGGCGAGAGGCCGCCGUCGAGAAGGCGACGGCGGCGCUCUACGCGGCGGAGAGCGACAUCUUCCGGGCCGAGGACUUGCGGAGGAAGGCGGACGAGGAGCUUCAGCGCCUGCACGGCGAGGCGACGGCCGAGGCGCUGCGCGCUGCGGAGACGGCUCGCGUGGAGGCGGAGGCGAAGGUGUGUGCGGGGGCCGAGGCGGUGCGGGCAGCGUACGGCGGCCUCGCCGAGGGAGUGGCGAGGGCGCUCGCCGCGCAGGGCGCCUCUCCGGCGCCCGCGCCUCGCAGAGAGGAGCCGUCGGGCGAGGAGCCGCUUGGCGAGGCGACGCGGCUCGGAGAGCUCGCCUCCGCCUGCGAGGAGGAGAGGGCGGCGGAGGAGCUGCGGGCGCUCCGGCUGUCGGACGAGGAGCGAGUCGCCGCGACUGCGGCGUGCGACCGCGCGAUCGGCGGCCUCCAGCGCGAGCUCGGCAAGCUGGCCGCGCGUCUGAGCGCGAACUGCGACAUGGUCUCGCAGCACCAGAAGCUGUUCAAGAAGCUCGCCGCGACGGAGGCGAAGGUCAAGGCGGCGGCCAAGCAGGCGGACGGCGGUGAGCCGCUCGAGGCGCGCCGCCGCCGCGACGAAGCGCCCCCGAGACGAGUCGCGGCGAGCGUUGUAGGGUCGAAGGGGGACGCGCGGCGCGAGGCGGCGCUGGCGGCGCUGCGUGAGCGGGCAGACGCAGAGCGCGCUCAGCUGGAUGCGUCGGCUGGCUUCAUCGACAGGCGGGCGGAGGAGCUGAAGGCGGAGGCGGACGCCGGAGCCGCGCGCGCUGUCCGCGAGCCGCUGGCGGUGUGUGUGCGCGAGUACGCGCUCCUCUUCACCACGCGCUGCGCUUCGGCAGAGGGCGUGGCCUCGUGCAACGCUGUGCUUGCGGCGAGCGGCGAGGCGGUCGCUGAGGCGGCCUCUGACACCACCGCUUCGUCACCUCGCGACCCCUCUCCACCUCGCGACGAGACGGGCGCCCAGCGUGUCGAGUCCGCUCCAGGCACCCCAGGCAACCCGUUCGACGACGAGGCCGAGCUCGAAGCGACGGCCAGCGAGGGCAGCGAGGACUGA